AAUCGGUAUGAUCUCAGGCAGCUACACCAGAGCCGAAGCAGCUCCAGGCUAGGCCAGAGCUGUGUGGAGCAAGGAGAGCAUUCUUCCAAGAUAAUGAUUAAACUGAGCAGCACUUGGCCUAGACUGCUAAGCUAGGGAGGUGAGCCUUAGUCACACCUCAGCCGAGGUGUGGAGACCAGAGCUAGUUCAGGGAGACUGCACCCAGAGGCCCAGGGGCCCUCAGCCAGCCUCCUGCAGCCUCCUGCUUGUCAAGAACAUCCAGGGCAUCUCAGGUACAGAGGAAUCAUUGCAGCCUGCCCUUCUGGGACUCUGCUCACACCCCCGGCACCAUGAAGCUCCAGGUAUUCUGGACUGGACUGGAGUACACCUGCCGGCUCUUGGGCGUCACCACGGCUGCAGUGUUGAUUGGAGUGGGCACUGAGACCUUCCUCCGGGGGCGGUUCAAAAGCCUGGCCUUCUAUCUGUUGUUUACAGGAGUCACCAUCUCUGUGUGCGAAGGGACCUACUUUGUGGCUCAACUGUUGGGCAUCUGCUUCAAGUGCCAGCCAGGGUCUCUGGCACACAGAGCAAAGGAGAAGGCCCACUGGCUGGGCUGCUUCCAGAAGUUCCUGGCCUACAUGCUGCUCUCAGUGGCCUGCUUCCUCCACCCAGUCCUGGUCUGGCAUGUGACCAUUCCAGGCUCCAUGCUAAUCAUCACUGGCCUGGCCUACUUCCUGCUGAGCAAGCGAAAGAAAAGAAAGGCUGCUCCAGAGAUGGCGCCCCCCACAGAGCAGUACACAGACCCUUCCAGCAGCGUGGUGAGCACCACAGGCUCUGGGGACACUGAGCAAACCUAUACUUUCCACGAGGCCUUCAAGGAGGGGCCUGGCUCCUUCUUCAUCCACAUGAAGAGCAUCCUGAAGGGGACCAAGAAGCCACAUGUCCUGCAGGCUCAGGAGACCCUAAUGGAACUGGCGCUGGAGCCAGCUGACUCCUUGGCCAAGAAAAAGCAGGUCCACUUUGAAGACAGUGUGGUCAGAAUCAUCCCAUCCCUCACUGAGGGUCUGGGUGAUAGUGACAGUGGGCCAGAAGAAACCAGCUCUGACACAACCCCCAUCAUCCCUCCCUCCCAGACCCCACUCUUUCUGCCUUCUCUCAUGGCCACUGAUCUGUUCUGAGCUUCUCAGCUAGAGGUUUGCAGAUGGAUGGGCCUGCCAGAAGACUCCUAAUAGCUAUACAGUCCCUUCAGGGAACUAAGGAUCUCCACUGCUCAGCUGCUCACAUCCUAGUGGUUGGCUGUGCAUUCAGAACAAUGAGAUAGUGUAGCAAGCCAGAUCUGUGGUGACCUCCAGCAGGGCACAAAUGAAGCUUUGCCACGUGGAGUCAACACAGUCCCCUUCUUGGCAAGGGGUAGAAAAAGAGACCAUUGGCUUCAGACUCCACAAGGCUGCUGGCCCAACUUUCUAAGCCCUAAAGGAACAGAAGACACGAGUUCACCCUCGAACCCAACAAAGGGUUUAGCCUUCAGCAAGAACUCUAAUGGUGUGUUUUGCUUGUGGUACAGCCUACUGGUGCCAAAGGCCCAGGGCUAUAUUGGCAGCAUAAGCAAGAUUGCUCAGAGAAGAUAUGAGAAAGGAAGAUUCGGAUCUCAAGUGAGAGCAGCCUGGCAGUGGGCUACAUUCUCAGCAUACUCUGGGACUGGGCUGGACAACAGGCAUUUCAGAAUCACCAAGGAAAACAAUACCACUCUGUGCUCACUGCCAGGAAAGCUGACCAGAAGAGCAUCUCUCAUUCCGGAAGGAUAACUCAGGGCAUCCUACCCUCCCUUUGCUUACCCCCUGUCCAACUGUAUGGGCAGUGUUCAGAGUCCAAGCAGAUGGUAUAGAUGGUCCAAUCUAAAAGGGUCUGAAAGCCCCUGACCAUCUGUAGCAGAAAUAGCUAGGACAUAGCAUGGAAUAGUCAUUGUAGUUCAGGCCCCUAGGGGACUGCCCCCAGAAAGCCACACUGCACAGGGAAGUACCUCUGCCAUGCUUAGAUACAUGGGAGUAGAGCCUCUAAUAAGGAGAUGAUCAUUCAAAAUAGACAGGAGGGUAGGAAACAGAGGGAAAGGCACAGGGGAGAAGGUAGUGAGCCGGCAGGCAUGGCUGCAUCCUGGAACUAGAGAGGUGGCAGUGAAUUUGAGUUAGCUAUUUCUCAGUAAAAAGAUUAGCAAAAUGCCUUUUAAUUCUAAAUAGUAAGAUUGGUCCACAGGAUUACUGCCAGGAAAAACAGACAUGUUAUUCCUCAGAGCGGACCCCCAGUGAGUGAGCAACGGGAAUUAAGAGUCCUAUAGUUUGUGUCUGAGGAGGGGAUGCACUUCAGGGCUCUCCAAUGGGUAAGCCUCAAAGCAUGCGCUUUAUAGUCUAGAUGAGGAACAUGUUCGUUGUACAAUGAUCAGCAGCUAUGAGGUCUUUGUUGUUGUCUUCUUUGUUUUGUUCUGAAAAUGUGUAGAAAUGAGGCAACCUAGAAGUCGGUGUCAGCCAGAAUCCCAGAUGGGCAGAACACUUUUUGCAAUAGAGGAUGUGCUUGCUAAGAUUGUGAGGAGUGAAGGCAGAAAGCAAGCCAGGAGGCCUGGAGUAGGUAGGUAAAGUCUACUCCACUCACCCCUCAAAUCAGAAGGUAGAUGGCUGAUGGAUGGCCAUGGGGGCAUUUAAGCUGUUUCUUUGACCUUUUCCAAUGAAGAAUGUUAGAUAGUGCAGUCAGGGGAAAAUAAAAUAUAUGGAAUAUGAUGUGUGGGUGGGUAUGAACUUAUUACUAUGGGAACCUCGCAGUGAGGAAGAACAAGAAAACACCACCAAGAUACCAUGAAUUUGUGUGAGGCAAGGCCAGUGCAGACCCAGGAGGUGGUUCUUAACUCCAGAUUGCAAGACUGGAGCUCAGAGAGCAGUACUUCCAGCUGGACUGAGGCCAGAGGCAACAAAUCCCUAAACCAAGAAGAGCCAGGAUCUCUCCCUGUGUCUCUGUAUUAGUUACUUUCUGUUGCUGAGAUAAAAUACCAUGAACAAAAGCAACUUAA